GUAUAUGUAUAAAACUACUUGAUAUUUUGAUUUAUUCGCUUUUAUCAUCUUACUGUUAUCCGAUAUUCAAUAUCUGAUCUCAUCCAUCCAAUCCAUUUGAGAAGGUUCAGGCACGAACCCUAAUCACCUCCAUCCUCCAUCCCCCGUACAUCUACAUCUACAUCUUCUCUAUCAACCACCUACCUGCCCAGGUCUCAGAAACAUCAAAUUCCACCACCACCAGACCAGCCCAGACCACACAAGGUGAAAUAUCGAACAGAACCAAACCAGCAAAAAAUAAACAAUGACCAUCCCACCCCUCUCAUGCUGCCACGCCUCCAAGCAAGGGUGCGUCUGCGCCGCCCAAGCCAGAUGCUCCUGCGGCAAGCAACAAGCCCUGCAUUGCACCUGCGAAAAAGCAAAGACUGAAAACGACACCUCAGGCCCUAGGUGCUCAUGCCGGAGCCGUCCAGCUGGCCAAUGUACGUGUGAGCGUGCCGAAUCAGAGAAUCAUCAGCAUUUCAGCGCUGCGUGUCCGUGUGGGAAGAGAGCGUCAGACUCCUGUACUUGCGAAAAGGCCCUUGAUGCCGGGAACUUCCCCGGAGAGACAGACUUCACCACCAAGGCAUAGAUAGACAGAUACACUAUUGAAACGAAUGCUGAGAGGACAGGAAAGGUGGAAGGCUUGGGAUGAUUGACAUGGGAAUCUCUUAGAGCGAUUGAUUAGGUACAGGGGAUGUUGGGUAUGAUUUUGGAAACUUGACUAUCCUCCUUUUGUCUGCAUGUGAACAAAUUUGUAUUUCUUCAGUGUUUUGAGUGUUUUGCAUGUAAAUUGAUUUUUUGGGAAUUUUCUUUUAUUAUUGAAAGAUAGAUAUUCAUCAGUUUUCGUUAUUUCUUGUCUUCAUCCAAGCUUGGACCUACGGAGUAAAGAAAUUGUAGAUUCUCUGGGCCGUGCACUAUGCCCGUUAUGGUAAAAGACUACUGCUGCUUCGGGGAUGGCGCCUGGCUAGUUACCUCGCUGCUUUUGCGCCAUCUCACGCCGUCCUAACGACGCCGAAUGUAAUGAUCUACCUGCGAACGACGACGCGCAUUCUCAUCCUCUGGAAGAUGAUGCUGUGCGAAGUCGCCGAACGCCUAUCAGAUGGGCUUGGACACUCGGAGUGUGGCUUCAUUGGUUUCUAGGCCAUUUUACCCCCUACCCUACCACGCCACAACCCCGGGUCAAACUGUCAUAUAAAUUGUAAGAUGAAGAGACCUAGUCAUAUGUGCCAAUCUCCUCAAUUUUGGAAGAUUUUCAAUCUCUAAUUAUGAAGAUAUUUAAAGCAAAUUCUCUGCAAAAUCUCUGUCUGCUUUUGAUGUUUCAAAUCAUUUACACCCCUUCUACCUCUUCCCCCCCUACCCCCCGCUACCACCACCACCGCCCCUACCGCCCCGCAGCUCCCUCUACCACUUCCACCCUCUACUUCUAUCUCUCUACCCCUCUCUUACCACCCCGACCACCUCUAUCACCUCUAUCACUCUCUUUCACCCUGUAUCACCUCUAUCAUCAUUAUCAGAUUAAUCAGAGCCGUACAGGCUGCAGAGCUGGCUGUUCAAUCCCAUUCAUGAAUUCAAACAGAUGCACAUGACUAGACUGACCGGCGGGACCAUGAAUUUCA